UCACCUAUCUCCAGCAUGGAUCUCCUGCAAAAAAGCAAAUACAGCCACCUGCGGAACGAGUCUGUCUCCUCUCCAGAGGAGGCCGUGGCGGGCCUGGGAGUCCCGCCCUCCCCACUGGAGUCCCUUGCAAGCAUGCGGUCUCUGCCUGGUUCCCUGUCUUCCUCUUCCUUCAGCCACGCUGCACCUCUUGGGGAGCUCUCACCUGAGCUGGAGGAGAGCCCUACCACCCUCUGCUCCUUCUUCCCCAAAAUUGCCAACCUGAAGCUCUCCAACCCCGCCAACUUGCUCAGCUUGCGGGGCUCUUCAGCCAGCAGCAGCCCAGGGGAACCUGGUCCCCUUGGGAUGCCAGCACUAGUGCCAGGGGGUGCUGCCAGCCCCAGCUCAGUGAGACCUGUCACUGUCUGUUCCCAGGAUAUGAACAAGCUGAGCUGUGGGAAGAAGACGCGGGUGGAAGGUGGCCAGCUGGGGGGUGAUGAAUGGACCCGCCACGGCAGCUUUGUCAAUAAGCCCACCCGUGGCUGGCUGCAUCCUGAUGACAAGGUCAUGGGCUCAGGGGUCUCCUACCAUGUCCGGUACAUGGGCUGUGUGGAAGUGCUCCAGUCCAUGAGGGCUCUGGAUUUCAACACCAGGACACAGGUGACCAGGGAGGCCAUUGGGCUGGUAUGUGAGACUGUGCCUGGUGCCAAGGGAGCCGUGAGGAGACGGAAGCCCUGCAGCCGCUCCCUGAACUCCAUCUUGGGCAAGAGCAACCUGAAAUUUGCAGGCAUGCCCAUCACCCUGACCAUCUCCACCAGCAGCCUCAACCUCAUGGCCUCAGACUGCAAGCAGAUCAUUGCCAACCACCACAUGCAGUCUAUAUCCUUUGCAUCAGGGGGAGACCCGGACACAGCUGAAUAUGUUGCCUAUGUUGCCAAAGACCCCGUCAAUCAGAGAGCCUGCCAUAUCCUGGAGUGUCCUGAAGGCUUGGCACAAGAUGUGAUCAGCACCAUUGGGCAGGCCUUCGAGCUGCGUUUCAAGCAGUAUCUGAAGAACCCUCCAAAGCUGGUGACCCCACAUGACAGAAUGGCAGGGUUUGAUGGCUCUGCCUGGGAUGAGGAAGAGGAGGAACCAGCCCCAGAUCACCAGUACUACAAUGACUUCCCUGGCAAGGAACCUCCCAUUGGGGGGGUCGUGGACAUGCGGCUGCAGGAUGGGGCUGCUCAGACCCCAAAUCACUUGGGUGCCACACUGCCUGUCGGCCAGUCAUCCGGUGGGGAGUAUGACACCCAGAAGCAGCAUGCUCCUGCCCAAGCAGGGAGAGAGAAAUACCCAGUUCCGGCAGGCACAUCUGGCCGCAUGGACCUGUUUGAUGACCCGUCUUACGUCAACGUGCAGAACAUAGACAAGACACGCCAAGCUUUAGCUGCCAGCAAUCCAGCCACAGCCAACGGCAGCACACAGAGGGACCUUUUUGACAUGAAGCCCUUUGAAGAUGCCCUGCAUGUGCCCCCGUCUGUGCCUAUGGGGCUGUCCCCCGCCCAAGUGGUGGCCUCCAUGGAGGAGCAGUUGCGACGGGAGCCCUGGUACCAUGGGAAAAUGAGCCGCAAGGAGGCUGAGAAGCUGCUGAAGGUGAACGGAGACUUUCUGGUGCGGGAGAGCACCACCACCCCGGGCCAGUACGUGCUGACUGGUUUGCAGGGUGGGCAGCCCAAGCAUUUGCUGCUUGUCGAUCCCGAGGGAGUGGUGCGGACAAAAGAUCAUCGCUUUGAGAGUGUCAGCCACCUCAUCAGCUACCACAUGGACAAUCACCUACCCAUCAUCUCGGCGGGCAGUGAGAUGUGCCUGCAGCAGCCAGUGGAGAGGAGAUUGUGA